AUGAAUCCUGUUCGGGCGCACCGUCCUGGGCCCACCCCGGCCCUAGGACUGAGGGCCCUAGUUCGUGAAAGUAAUUCAAUUGAGGCAGAGACAAAGUACAAAUCUGAUAGUUUGAUAAGACUUUCCUGUGCUAGUUAUAGUCAGGGUAGACUCCUUAGGUGCAACAGUAAGCUGAAUAUAGCUCAAAAACAAAAUUGCAAAUAA